AUGCCGCCUCUGCUGCGGCUGCUGCGAUGCUGGGUAGCCAUCGCAAGCUGCAUCCAGGCGUUCGCUGCCAGCGACCUGCCCCGGGGAGGGCGCAGGCGGGGCUGGCGGCUGCAUGCGGACGCAGCCCACAGUUUUCAGCCUGAGAUCUCGCGGGACGUGCGCUCGGUGCUGGAGGCGUUGCGGCGCGACCGAGACGACGCGAGAGCAGCUCCUCGGCCCGCCGUCCCGAGAGCGCUUCCAUGGAUCGCGUACGUCAGCCCCAGGUUCGUGUUGGUCUCCGUGCACCUGGGCAGCCUCGUGGGCCACCGAGGAUGGGCGACAACCGGCGCCGCGAUCCCGCACAUCAACGCGCACCUCUCCGGACAGUUGCGCGGUGAAGUGCCGGAGGAGUGGCUUCAGGCGAACCGUCGCACGCACUGCCGCGUGUGCGGGCUCUGCGUCUCAACCCUCCGUGGCGGCAUCCAUCCGACGUGCCGCCCGCUCGAGCGACAGCAGGCUCGGGCGCAGCCGCCAGGGGCACCGCCUGCGCAGGCCGCACCCCCAGGCAUGCCCACCCUGGCGGAGAUCCGCAGCCGCGCGGUGCCGACGCUGAAGCACGUGCCCAAGGAGUGCCGUGGGGCAUGGGCUCCGGCGCUGACCCGGUGCCUCGCGCAGGUUGUCCACACCAACUCCGUGGAAGCGUGGACGGAGCUGCAAAUGCUCACCAAGUGCUUGCUCGCCGCCCCGCCGCGGCGCGGACGAGCACACGCCCGGGCAGUUGCCGCUUUCACAGCCGACCGCUUGGCUCGGUGGGAGCACGGCGAGCGCGCCGAACUCUGGGCAGACCUCGCCGAGCCGCAGAGGUGGAAACUUGACAAUUCGACGGAAGCCAGGCAGCGGAGGGCAGACGCCUUGGCCCGCGAAGGGCUGGACAGGAAGGCUGUGGCAGCUCUGAUGUCCGAGCCGCUGGUGGACCCGACCGCAGAGGCCCGCCGCAAGCUGGAGGCGCUCCACCCGACUGAACCGCCACCCCCGCCUGGGCCGCCAGCCGGCCUACCGCCGGCCCUCCGCCUGACCAGUGACCAAGUGGCCGAGGCCCUCAAGUCGUUCCCAGAAGGCAGCGGCGCCGGGCCGUCAGCUCUCCGGGCGCAGCACCUGCGCGACGCCCUCACACGGGCGCACGGUUCUACCUUGACGGAGCUCCUGACAGAAGUGGUGCAAAUGCUGGCCGACGGCCGGGCGCCUGGGCAGAGCGAGCUGAUCGUCCCAUCGGGGACGCUGUCAGCAGAGCCGGCGGCGCGCUUCCCGCCGGCGCUCCUGCGCGACGAGGAGACUGGCGAGAGCAGGGUAAAUUGGUCUGGCGAUUUCGAGCUCCUGGGGGCCCCGAUUGGCGGGCUGCUGCUGCCGGAGUCGCCACGCAAGCUGCGUCCGAACUACCUGUUUUGA